CCGCGAAGAUGGCGGCGCCCAUGGAGGUGGCGCUGGUGUCGGACGCGGCGGGGCCGCUCUGCAACUGCUCGGUCUGGGAGCUGCACUCGGGCUCGGCCCUGCCCGGGUACCGCGGCGGCAACAGCGGCCCGCGCGGGCUGGCGCUGCUGGGCGGCGAGCACCUGCUGGGGGCCCAGCUCGGCAAGAGCUACAUCAACGUCUGGGAGCUCCAGAGGAAGGACCAGCUGCAGCAGAAGAUCAUCUGCCCCGGGCCCGUGACCUGCCUGACGGCCUCUCCCAACGGGCUCUACAUCCUGGCGGGGGUCGCCGAGAGCAUCUACCUGUGGGAGGUAUCCAAUGGGAACCUCCUUGCCAUCCUGAACCGACACUACCAGGACCUCACGUGCCUCUGCUUCACCGACGACAGCAGCCACUUCCUCUCGGGGGCCAAGGACUGCCUGGCCCUGGUGUGGAACCUCUACAAUGUCCUGCAGGCAGAGCCCUCCCAGAUCCCCGACCCCCGGCACGUCUGGUCCCGGCACAGCCUCCCCAUCACCGACCUGUGCUGCGGCUUCGGAGGGCCCCUGGCACGGGCUGCCACUGCUUCCCUCGACCAGACAGCCAAGCUCUGGGAAAUCUCGUCUGGGGAGCUCCUGCUUUCUGUGCUCUUUGACGUGGGGAUCAUGGCUGUGACUCUGGACCUCUCAGAGUACCACAUGUUCUGUGGUGGCAUGGAUGGGUCCAUCUUCCAGGUUGAUCUUUGUGCUUGGCCAGUCCAGAGAGACCGGACCUUCCAGACGGAGCGGGAGAACGGGAAGGUCUUCAAAGGGCACAGGAACCAGGUGACGUGUCUGUCUGUCUCCACGGACGGCAGCCUCCUGCUCUCGGGCUCUCACGACGAAACCGUCCGGCUGUGGGACAUCCAGAGCAAGCAGUGCCUGAAGACCAUGAAUCACAAAGGUCCGGUGACAAACGCCUUCAUCGUGCUGGCCCCUGCCAACAUGUUCAACCCCGACGGGAAGCCCAGCGUGCCCCUGCCCAAGUUCAGCAAACACCUGCACGGCACCGAGAGCAGCGACGAGCCGGGUGCCGAGGGGGUGACGCUGCGCCUGGGGCUGCACCAGCAGGAGCCCGGGCAGAGCUACCUGGAGAAGGCAGAGAGGAUGUACUCGCAGAUGUACUUGACGAGGGAAAAGAACCUGGUGGGAGACCAGGAGCACCUGACGAUCCAGGUGAGCGAGCUGGAGGAGGAGGUGAGCAACCUCCGGAAAAUCAACAAGGACCUCUUUAACUUCUCCGCUCGCAUCAUCACCAAUCCAGCCAAGUGAAGAGGCUCCCCCCGCCCUCGCACCCCUCCACCUCUCCCUGCCCGCCCUCGGGCACCUGCCCAGCCGGCAGAGCACACCCGGCCCAUCCCCUGACCCGGCACACGCCGCCCGCUCGGGGACACGGGACUGAGCCCGGCACGGGGGCUGCGGGCGGGACAGCACAGGGACC